CCCACUUCACCUGUGAAAACAUAAUGGCUGUGAAUGUUAGGAUGUACAUCCCAGAGAGACGUCACAGCAGGUCGUCCUGUAAUCACUACAAAUUGAUCUACACGGACUGGGCAAAUCACUACUUGGCGAAAUCCGGACAGAAGCGUCUGAUCAAAGACCUGCAGCAGGACGUGAGUGAUGGCGUGCUGCUGGCUGAGAUCAUCCAGGUUAUCGCAAAUGAGAAGAUUGAAGAUAUUAAUAGAUGCCCUAAGAGUCGUUCUCAGAUGAUUGAGAACAUUGAUGUCUGUCUGAGCUUCUUAGCAGCCAAAGGUGUGAACAUACAGGGACUAUCAGCUGAAGAGAUCCGGAAUGGAAAUCUGAAAGCUAUCUUGGGGAUUUUCUUUAGCCUGUCACGGUACAAGCAGCAGCAGCAGGCAAAUCGACAGACACACACGCAACACGCACACGCGCCCUUAAGCCAGCAGAGCAGCGCCCCAGCCCAGCUGAUCUCCUCCUCGCAUGGGACACACACCUCAGCCUCACACACACACAAAGCCCAGGCGGAAAUGCAGUCCAGGGAUGCCUCUCAGAGUAAACUCAAGUUUUCCAUUGGUCAGAAAAAGUCUUCUAGAUUACCUGGCCCAACCUCAAGGGUGUCCACAGCGGGCAGUGAGAAUUCUCCUCGAGGGUCCAUCAGUUCAGCAGGGAACCGCCGGAGUCAGGUGUUCAGUGAUAAAGCCAAACCUGCAGCAGCUCAGGCCAAAGAAUCAUCAGAGAGUGUCACUUCACAUACUCAAGGUGUGACUGAGCACACUCUCUCACCCCCAGUGACCACCUGCAUCUCUGUUAGCACCAGCACUGUGGCAUUAUCAUCUUCAUCGUCAGCCAUCCCCCAGCCCAACUCGAAUAGCAAACCUUGGAGAAGCAAAUCUCAGAGCACCAAGCACACCGCUACCUCCACGGUGCUUUCCAUCAAACAAGAUGUUCAAGCCAAGCAGACUGUGCCCACGGAACCGCCCCCUAAAGCUCUGCCUCCGAGGUCCAUGUUGGAGAAACUCAAAAUUUUCAACAGCAAAGGAGGCUCCAAGUCAUCAACGCAAACAGAGGGCGCUGUUACACCAACGACAGGAGGGAAAGAUGGCAGUUUGGAAAGAGUGAAAGCUGGUUCCAAUACAGAACCUCUGGAGGAAAUAGAUGGGAACGUCAGACCUGUGAACGCCUCAAGUGCUGUUACGAUGACGGCCAGCAGCCCGAAGAUUGCAUUGAAGGGUAUUGCGCAGCGGACCUUUAGCCGAGCACUCACAGCAAAGAAAGGCUCAACUAAGGCAGUAGAGAAAGAAAAGGAAAAAGAGAAAGAACGAGCUAAAGUGAAAGACAGAAAUGGGAAAGAGGGGUUGAAGCAUGUCCCUGUCUCUGAAAAAGUAGAGCCCAAAGAGGAAGUUAAGGAGGAAGUUGUUGCCUCAAGUGGCAUUACUUCUUCCGAGGCAGAGCCCAGGAAAACCUCUAAAAUCGCAAGCUUUCUACCCAAAGGCGGAAAAGUGGGUGGUACUAAGAAAGAUGGCUCUGCCCCUGUGCAAAGCGGUAUCCCAAAACCAGGAAGUAAAAGCACGGGAAAUGGAGCAGUAAAAAGCUCAGCGUUGCCCCUUGGUGGUAAAGACAAUGAGAGGCCACACAGUAUGCGUCUGGGAGGGGGUCUGGGACUUCACAGGGACAGCCGACAUUCCUCAUCCUCUUCUAGCCUUGCUUCCACUGAGGGCAAAGCACAUCAGAUACACAGUGCAGCCCCAGUGGCCAAUGGAAGCAGUACACAAUCGACAGCCAGCAACACAGUCAGUGUGCAGCUCCCUCAACCCCAGCAGCAAUACAGCCAUCCUAAUACAGCCACCGUAGCACCUUUCAUGUACAGGUCUCAGAGUGAGGCAGAUGGAAACGUUAGCACAAUCCCAAGCUCUGGAUGUCGUGGUAGUGACUCUAUUAGCUUUAGUAAGAUCAGCCAGACUUCUACUGAGGACCUGUCGGGUGAAGAUCCUGAGACCAGACGGCUAAGGACUGUCAAAAACAUUGCCGACCUACGGCAGAAUCUGGAAGAGACCAUGUCUAGUUUGCGGGGGACUCAAAUCACGCACAGCACACUGGAGACAACUUUUGACAGCAGUGUGACUACUGAAAUGAGCAGUCGUAGCAUCCUCAGCAUUGCAUCUCGGUCUGCAUCAUUGUCCUGGGCGAGUCGCAUAGGCCAGUCUAGUCCCCGUCUACAAGCGGGAGAUGCGCCCUCGGUGGGUAACGGGUACCAGUCCCGGAGCGGUGGGGUGACAUCCAACCAGGGCCGGUAUCUGUACCAGGCUCCUCUUAGGAAGCAGCUGGCAGCACGUGGCGGUGCCCUCUGUGGCCUGGAGCUGGGAGAUAGAGUGGAGGAUCUGGAGCUUGCAGGAAUGGGUCUGGAAAUGAGCGGCUACAUGAGUGAAGGAGAUGUGCUGGCAAAGAACGCCCGGGCUGAUGAGCUGACCAGCGGGUACAUGACGGAUGGUGGUUUAAGUCUGUAUACUCGACGGUUAAACCGUUUGCCGGAUGGCAUGGCAAUGGUACGGGAAACUCUACAGCGCAAUGCCACAGGACAGGGAGACGCAGACAGUUGGGAUGACAGUAGUUCAGUCAGCAGUGGAAUCAGUGAUGCCAUUGAUACUGACGACAUCAACACUAGCUCAUCCAUCAGUUCUUACGCCAACACCCCCGCUGCGUCCCGUAAGUCCAUGAACGGGCAGCCUCAGACAGAUGCCGAGAAGCACUCAGCAGCAGAACACAACCCUGCCUGGUCCAGUGAUGAGGUCAAAAAGUCAGAUGGGGGCUUGGACUGUGGGGUUAAAAUGGAAGCAGGUCUAAAGUGGCGGAGGAACCCUUCAGAUGUAUCGGAGGAAUCAGAUAAGAGCAGCUCUGAUAGGAAAACUGCACCCAUCAGCCAGACUGGCUCCUGGAGGAGGGGCAUGAAUGCGCAGGUGGGCGUAACCGUACCGCGAACGAAAAGCACAGCUGUGACCACAGGAACCGCCAUGAUUAAGACACAAGGGACUGUAGGUAAAACAGAUGAUGCAAAGGUCUCAGAAAAAGGCCGUAUGUCUCCAUGUUCCAACGUCGUCCAGCAUUCCUCCUCCGAUGCCGGUCGUAGCAGCGGAGAAGAAGCCAAGAAAACACCCGCAGGAAGAGUCACUACCAGCACGUUUGGUUUCAAGAAGCCCAAUGGAGUCCAUGGGCCUGCUUCUCUAGUAGCAACCUCCAGCAUCACACUGGUGACAGCGAGUGGGGCCAGCAUAACCAGCGGUUCUGCCACUUUGGGCAAGAUUCCCAAGUCCUCCACCCUGCUUGUGGGGGGGAGAGGGUCAUUAAAGGGGGCAGUGGAUGGUUUGUUGCACCCUCAGGAGGAUGGCUACCUGUCCCCCAGUUCUCGCUCCACACUGCAGUAUCGCAGUCUACCUCGUCCCUCCCGCUCCGGAGCUGCAGCCCGUAAUGGAAAUCGAUCAUCUACGAGCAGUAUCGAGUCAAGCCUGAGUGCUCGAACGCCCACCCUCACUGCCGUCACUGCUAAUAAGCCACGAGACUCAGCACCUAAAACCAAUGGGCAUGCAGUCCAAGCCAAUCAGACGGACAAGGAGAAGGUUGUGGUCUCUGAAGUGGACAACCUGAGAACCAGUCCAAUUGUUUCAGGUGGAGGGGCGGCAACUAUUCCACAGACAGCGAGACAGGGAAGCAAGUAUGCAGAUGUGUCGUCGCCAACAUUGCGAAGACUUUUUGGAGGCAAGGCUGCCAAGCAAGCUCCGGUCACCACCGCAGAGAGCAUGAAAAACUCAGUCAUCAUCUCCAACCCCCACGCUACCCUGGGUCACACCCAGUCCUCUGCCGGGCCCUUGGACUCCCCCUCCAUGGUUCCAGGCAGUGGCGCCAGCAGUCCCCAGUACGGGGGUCGUGGAGCCAGCAUAGGGGGCAGCGAACAAGCUUCAAGCCCCGGUUCAGUGUACUCUACGGGCACUGGGACCUGGGGGACUACCAUCAGCAGCUCUUCGGCCCUCGGAUACCCCUCUGUCAGCAGCAUGCACACCAGCAGUGACUCCAUUGAUAUGUCGGUAGGCAGCGGGCAUCACCGCGAUGAUGCCCACCCACCACUGAUGAGAACGGGGAGUGCAAAGAUGGGCAUGUCAGAGAGUCCCCUCUCCUCUCCCUCUGCGAGUCCUAAAUUCAGCCAUAACACAUUGCCACGGAAGCAAGACAGCGAUUCCAGCAGCAAUAGAAACACUCUGCCCAAGAGAGGACUCGAGUACAGGUACGUCCCCUCAUCUCAGCUCCGUCAGGAGGAGGCACGUGAUUGGCUGCGCUCACAUUCGGCAGGUGGAUUGCAGGAUUCGGCCAGUAACUCUCCCUUCUCCACUGGUUCCAGUCUGACGUCACCCUCUGGGACACGUUUUAACUUCACUCAACUUGGCAGCCCCACCACAGGUGCUCAGAUUAACCUUGCCAGUCUGCGCAACAACAGCCUGACCAAUCAGGACAAUCCGCUGGAACCCCAUAGUGACUCCCGCUUGCGCAACUCCUGCAUGUCACUGGACGAAAAGACCCGGACCAUGAGCCGGUCGGGAUCCUUCAGGGAUGGGUUUGAGGAAGUUCAUGGAUCAUCCCUGUCAUUGGUGUCCAGCACCUCUUCCGUCUAUUCAAUGACGGAGGAGAAAUCACAUUCAGAGAUCCGCAAACUACGCCGAGAGCUGGAUGCCUCCCAGGAAAAGGUGUCCGCCCUGACAACCCAACUGAGUGCCAAUGCUCACCUGGUGGCAGCGUUUGAACAGAGUCUGGGCAACAUGACCAUUCGCCUCAAAAGUCUCACCAUGACAGCAGAGCAGAAGGACUCUGAGCUGAAUGAGUUGAAGAAAACCAUUGAGCUGCUAAAAAAGCAAAAUGCUGUGGCUCAAGCAGCCAUCAACGGAGUCAUCAACUCUCCUGAACUCACCUGCAAGAGUGAACGCACAGCAGGUAAUAACGGUUCUGCUCCCGGAGUGCAACCGGACCUGCGCAUUCGCAGACAGCACUCAUCUGACAGCGUCUCCAGCAUCACCAGUGCCACCAGCCACUCCAGUCUGGGCUCCAACAUGGACAACCCUGACUCCAGCAGCAAGAAGAAGAAGAAGAACUGGUUGCGGAGCUCCUUCAAGCAGGCCUUUAGUAAGAAGAAAUCACCCAAGUCUGCCUCAUCCCACUCAGACAUUGAAGAGAUGACAGAUUCUUCUCUCCCUUCUUCCCCCAAACUCCCUCACAACAGCACCAGCACCUCAGCAAUGCUGCUCCGAAACACACACUCCAGCUCUCUUCUGUCAGACUGUCUGGAUGGGGAGGCGGAGACUGUGAUGCAGCUGCGCAGUGAGCUUCGAGAGAAGGAGAUGAAGUUAACGGACAUUCGAUUGGAAGCCUUAAGCUCCGCCCACCAGCUGGACCAGCUACGGGAGGCCAUGAACCGUAUGCAGGUGGAGAUUGAGAAACUGAAGACAGAAAAUGAUCGUCUUAAGUUGGAAAGUCAAGCCAGUGGGAGCCUGGCAUCCUCUCAAGUGUCUGUCUAUAAUGCUACAUCGACCCCAACACCUGGCCUCUCUCAACACAGUCUAAUCCUCAAAGAAUCCACCAGCUUUGACAUGUUGCUGGAUGACUCCAGUGGAGACGGAAGCUCUCGUAAAGAGAGCAGACAUGUGAAAAUAGUUGUCAGUCUUCAAGAAGAUGUCACAUGGAAAGAGGACUGCAGACCUCGAGACUUUCUGAUUGGCUGCAUUGGUGUCAGUGGAAAAACCAAAUGGGAUGUUCUUGAUGGUGUAGUACGGCGCUUGUUCAAGGAGUAUGUCAGGCAUGUUGAUCCGGUCAGUCAGCUCGGACUAGUAACAGACAGUGUGGAUGGAUAUCGUAUUGGAGAUGUGGUCCGAUCUAGUGAAGCAGACACACCUGAACUCCUGCCCUGUGGAUACCUCGUGGGAGAGAAUGACACCAUUAGUAUCUUCCUAAAAGGUGUAAACUCUCAGUCGCAGGAUUCUCUGGUCUUUGAGACGUUGAUCCCUAAACCCAUGCUCCAGCGCUACGUGUCUUUGCUCCAGGAGCAUCGCAGGAUAAUCCUGUCAGGCCCCAGUGGCACUGGAAAAACAUACCUCGCCCACAGACUAGCAGAGCAUCUGGCACUUCGAGAGGGCAAAUUGCCCAAUGAGAGCAACAUUGUCACCUUCAAUGUUGAUCAUAAAUCCAGUAAGGAGUUGCAUCAGUACUUAUCAAGCAUUGUGGAACAGUGUAGCGCUGAUGGGCAGGAGACUGAAGCCCCUCUAGUGCUCAUUCUGGACAACCUGCACCAUGUCAGCUCACUGGGAGAGAUCUUCAGUGGCCUGCUCAACUGCAAAUACCAGUGCUGCCCGUAUAUUAUUGGCACGAUGAGCCAGGCGACGUCCUCUGCUCCAAACCUGCAGCUCCAUCAUAACUUCAGGUGGGUGUUGUGUGCUAAUCACAUGGAGCCGGUGAAAGGUUUCCUGGGCCGGUUCCUAAGGAGGAAGCUGAUCGAGACAGAGAUCGGCAGCCGAACGAGGAACGCAGAGCUGGUGAAGAUCAUAGACUGGAUCCCUCAAGUCUGGCACCACCUGAACCGCUUUCUGGAGGCCCACAGCUCCUCUGAUGUGACCAUUGGUCCACGUCUGUUUUUGUCUUGUCCGAUGGAUGUGGAUGGGUCACGUGUGUGGUUCACAGACCUGUGGAACUAUUCCAUCAUUCCCUACAUGCUGGAAGCUGUAAGAGAGGGACUGCAGCUGUACGGGCGCAGAGCAGCAUGGGAGGAUCCUGCACUGUGGGUGCUGGAGACGUUUCCAUGGGCGACCACUCAUCAACACCCUGAUUGGCCAGCAUUGUUGCAGCUCCGCCCAGAGGAUGUGGGCUUUGAUGGAUACUCUGCAUCCAGAGAGGGCGUCAACAAGCAGAGUACUCAGAGUGACAGUGAUGCUGACCCACUGAUGAACAUGCUGUUGCGACUGAAGGAGGCUGCCAGUUGCUCAAGUCCUCAGAGUUAUGAAAGCGACUCAAAUAGCAACAGUCACCAUGAUGACAUCCUAGACUCUUCACUGGAGUCCACACUAUGAUCCAGCCUGAUCUGUUAUGCCUUUAAAUUUCCUUCACUAAGGACACACUUUGAACAUUGAUGCCGACUGAGGCAGAAGAAUCAAGUCAUUACAUCACUUCUACAUCAAAACAGAAAGGGUGCUGGUAACCCUGAGAAUGAAAUGACACUUCAUUAAAAAAGAUAUAUAUAGAGAGAGAUAAAUAGAUAAAUAUAUGCACCAAAACUCAACAGUACAUCAAGCUGCCUCGUUUGAACUAUCGGUUUGAUUUUAGGAUUCUUACUACAUCAUUGAACAAAAACAGAAGAAAGUGCUUUGUCCCAAGGAUUUACAGUACCUCAAAUUGAAUCGUCAGAGAAACUUUCGCACACAAUGCAAUUCUACAAUGGAUGGCAUCAGUGUUUCCUCCCAUUGACUUUCCCUCUAGUGAUGGGCCUUCUUAUCAUGUCCGUACAACUUCACAAAACCAGCUUUAUCGCAUGCCAUCGUUUCAUAUCUUAUUAGAUUAAAAAUAUAGUUGAAAUGAGAUGGUGCUUCACUUUUAUCAUUUAAAACUAAUUUAUUGUGAUGAUUGGAAAUAAUACCUCUUAUACCACCUGGGAUGUGCUUUUGUUUGCUCUUGUGCAUAUGUUUUAUUUUAAACCACCAUGACCAUUUCUCUUUACCUUACCUGCUGAACCCUGACCUUAACUGCUGACACCGCAUGAUCCAGCUGAACUUCUACACUAAUGCAAGUGUUCUACUGUAGCACAAAACGUGUCUAUCUAUUUUUUACACUCAAUCGCUCUCUUUUUGGUGCUGAAUGGAAUCUGGUGCCUUAGUCCAUUUUGUACUCCAAGGCACUCAUUUUUAUACGUUGGGAAAAUACUGAUUUAAAUACAUUUUGUAAUUAAACUACAGGGCUCUAUGCUACUUUUUGAGUUUGCCUAUAAUAAACAGCCUCAUAGUCAUCAUGUCACGCCACACAUUUGUUAAAGUACAAUAAUGUGACAAGAAGAAGUGAAAUAAGAUGCAGGGUGACUGUAACCUCCAAAAGUUUUAAUUUGUAUUUGUUUUUCUGUUCAGCACAGUGAAAAAUUACAACAGCGACUCACUGUUGUGUCCGGAAGCAUUUAAAGGGUUAGAUAACAAUUUAACUAAUUUGCUGUUGUCAUUUGAAAACGUUUAAACGUUAUAAACUCAGAAAAAAAAACAACAAAAAAAGCGUUGUUGCUUUUAUAUAACUGAAAUAUGUUUUGUCUCCAUCGGGUAGACUGUAAGGCUUUGCUUGGUGCUUAAAUGUUUUCUCAACACAUCUUGGCAAAAGCACAGUAUGAUGCAGAAGAAUUUGUUCAUAAUUUGGUGUUUAUGAGUAUACCUCAUUGACCAUUUUGGCCUUUAUCAUGUACAUAUCUUAGGUUCAAUGUGAAAGAGUAACAAAUGCCUAUAUAGACAUUGGAUAAAACUAUACUGUAUUUGCUGCUUGAUAUUGCAAGGACGUUUCUGGAUGAUGUGUAAAUAAACAUUUUCUUUGAUUCUCCAUAAAAGAAAAGUAUUUGGAUGGAUAGUGAGUUUCCUUGCAUGGGAAAACAUUACAUAUUGGGCUAUUCAGUGUUUUCACCUUAUUUAUAACAUAAAUUGAUUUUUAGAUGUUUGUUGUAUGGCGCUACAGGGUUUGUUUUACAACACUGGUUCCAUUUCACUCCAGUGUACAAUUCCUGUUAGUCACUGAUGCUAUGCAACAUUAGAUUUUAACAGAAGCCAAAUAUUGUAGCUCUGUAAUCAGCACUGCCAAUAUAUUGUGUGUACACUGUGUAUAUCAUUUGUGAAUAAUUUUAGGAUAUGUGCCUAAUAUUUCUUUGACAGUUAUGAUGAUGAUGAUGAAAGUCAUUGUAAGCACAAAGGUUUUAUGUGUUGAUUGUUGUAAAAACUGAACGGGGAGGGAUAUAACUGAAUGGAAUUUAUGUCAUUGAAUGUGUACUUUGCUGGAACAUUGUUUCUUGAUGUAAUAUAUCAGUGUAAAUAUUUGACUACCCUGCUUGCUGCAUUUUGAUGAAUAAUCUUUUUUUUUUUUUCUAGCCAUUUAUAACGGUGCUUGGAAAUAUGGACUAUUUUGUGUACAGUGUCUUUUUCAUCUUAACAGUUGUUUAGUUUCCCAAGGAUGGUUCUUGAAAAGCAGAUGACCCACAAAGAUGUGCUUGACAAGUUACCAGUUUUAAAUUAUUUGUAAUUCAAUAAACCUAAUAAUUAUUUA